AUGUAUGAAUUGAAGACAGUUACGUACGGCACCGCUUCAGCACCGUACUUGGCCACCCGCGUUCUUCAACAGCUAGCAAAUGAUGAGCAGCAAAACUAUCCCGUUGCAGCCAAAGCCACCAGCGAAGAUUUUUAUGUGGAUGACUUUCUCUCAGGUGCUAAGACUGUUGAGGAGGCAGUUGAACUGCGUGUUCAGAUGGAAGCAAUGUUCGACUCAGCAGGUUUAAAGCUUCGUAAAUGGGCCAGUAACUCGUCUGCUGCCCUAAUGGAUGUACCAGAAGAGGAUCGAGCACUGCAACAGACCAUCGAGUUCAGUAUGGAUCAAACCAUCAAAUCACUAGGAUUGCAUUGGGAGCCGCAUACAGAUCGUCUGAAAUAUAGGAUCGAAACACCCUGCUUUGAACCUUCCAAGACAGUAACCAAACGCUCUGCACUCUCCUGCAUAGCAAAAUUAUUUGACCCAUUGGGUCUAGUGAGUCCGGUUGUAGUGACAGCUAAAAUCUUUAUGCAGGCUCUGUGGAGUCUAAAGGGCGAAAAUGGAAAACCGAUCGACUGGGACAGAGAAUUACCAGAUCCAAUGAGGGAGAGGUGGACAUCGUAUUACUCUCAGCUACCUUUGUUGAGUGAGCUCCGCAUCGAACGAAUAAUUUUGAUCCCCAAGGCGAUUGCAGUUGAACUCCAUUUUUUCUCCGAUGCUUCGGAGCACGCGUAUGGUUCAUGCGUCUACGUUCGAUCAAUAAAUGCAGUAGGCGAGGUGAAGAUAGCUCUUCUGACUUCGCGAUCUAAAGUUGCGCCAUUAAAACAGCAGUCAAUACCACGUCUUGAAUUGUGCGGGGCAUUGCUUUCGGCAGAGUUGUACGGGAAGGUAUCAAAGGCGUUGCGUGUUUCAGCAAAGGCAUACUUUUGGGUGGAUUCAACAACCGUAUUGAGCUGGCUGAAAUCCCCUCCAUCUACAUGGACUACCUUUGUUGCUAACAGGGUUUCGAAGAUACAGCAUGCAACUCAAAACUGCGAAUGGAAUCAUAUUGCUGGGUCAGAAAAUCCAGCCGACAUCGUAUCCAGAGGGCUGCCUGCAAAUGAUUUGCUGGAGAGCAAACUGUGGUGGCAGGGUUCACCGUGGCUUAUACAACAAAGGGAAUCCUGGCCUGUUCAAGUACUCGGAAUGGUAGAUAGGUCGGAAAUUUUGAAGGAAGAACGGAAGACAGCCUUAGUAGCUGCUCCUGCUACACCUUCGUUCAUCGAGGAAUUUGUUGCAAGGUUUUCGGAUUAUCAACAUAUGCUUCGAGUUACAGCCUACUGUCGACGCUUCGUAAAUAAUGUUCGGUAUAAGGGAAAAAAUCGUGUGAUUUCGAUUUGUCUCACAACAGCUGAACUUCGCGAUGCAGAAUUGUUGCUUAUCCGUCUGGUUCAAUUAGAAAGCUUCCCGUCGGAAUGGAAAUCACUACAAGAAACGCAAACGGUCAGCUCGAGUUCACGCCUACGUUGGUUUCAUCCGAUGCUCAUGACAGACAAUGUUAUGCGCAUUGGCGGACGUUUGGGUCGGGCUACAGUUCCGUUCGACUCAAAGCACCAGAUCCUGCUUCCAGGGUCGCAUCACUUCACGAAACUACUAGUUCGAUGCUAUCACCAGCGAUUACUACAUGCAGCUGUGCAGCUUUUGACCAAUACACUUAGACUUCGUUUUUGGAUACUUGGGGGUCGUAGUGUCUUGCGUCGAACCAUACACUCGUGCAUCACAUGCUUUCGAGCCAAACCGAAGCUAGUCGAACAAUUUAUGUCCGAGCUGCCUUCUCAGAGAGUGACCGCAUCAAGACCGUUCUCAAUCGUCGGCAUUGAUUUUUGGGGACCAAUUUAUCUUAAACCUCGUCACCGUCGAGACGCCCCACCGAAGGCAUAUGUAGCAGUGUUUGUGUGCUUUUCCACAAAGGCCGUGCAUAUGGAGUUGGUCGUUGACCUUACUACAGUCAAAUUUCUUCAAGCUUUCCGUCGUUUUGUCUCCCGUAGAGGCCUUUGUUCGGAUGUAUGGACAGAUAACGGCAAGAAUUUUGUCGGUGCGGCCAACGAGCUUCGGAAAAUAAUGCGCAACGAAGACUUUAAACAGUCGAUGGCCCGCGAAUGCGCUGACAGCGGGAUUCGCUGGCACUUUAACCCUCCGAAGGGUUCUCACUUUGGCGGCCUUUGGGAGGCAGCCAUAAAUUCCGCGCAGAAACAUUUCAUCCGUGUUCUGGGUGACACGAAGCUCGCAUUUGACGAUAUGGAGACCCUUUUAACACAGAUCGAAUGCUGCCUCAAUUCACGUCCCCUUACGAAGCUUCAUGAGGACCCAUCGGAUUUGCAAGCUCUCACUCCAGGGCAUUUUUUAGUCGGAGCGGCACUCAAAUCUGUUCCUGACACCGAUUACGAAUCAAUCCCUUUCAACAGGCUGCACCAAUGGCAGCAAACCCAGAAGAUAUUCCAAGACAUCUGGAAGCGAUGGCACGUCGAGUACCUUGCAUCCCUUCAACCACGUACAAAAUGGUACAAACCACCUGUGAAUCUGCAGCCUGAUACGCUUGUCAUCAUUCUGGACGAAAAUCUUCCACCAAUGCGCUGGCCAAUGGCGCGUAUCCGCGAUGUGCAUCCUGGGAAUGACGGAGUGAUUCGAGUUGUUACACUUCAGACAGCAAACGGAAUCAUCACCCGUCCCGCAGCGAAGGUUUGCAUUCUUCCGAUAGAGUCGGCGGAAUGUGCGCCAACGAACACAAACGCAACGCAACAGUGA